AUGGCGGCGCUCUGCCACCUGUUCCCCGGUACGCACGCCUCUCUCUGCGUGGCGCGUCCACGCCCUGGGAGGAGUCGGGAAGGCCGGCCGCGCACUUUCACGCUGACCUCUGGAUGUAUAUAUAGCGGCCAUCCGCACAACACAUCACAGUUCCGCAGCAGCAGCGAUCAACUAGCAACAGUCAUGAAGAUACUGGUCGUCCUGAGUGCUGUGCUGGCCGUGGCCCUCGCCAAGCCCGGCUUCCUGGGGGCGGGCGUCGUCGGCCCCGCCUACGCCGCAGGCCUCGCUGCCGCCGUCCAGCCCGCCCCCGUCCUGGUGGGCGGCAUCCACCCCGGCCUCGCCGCCUACGGCCCGGCCAACAUCGUCAUCGGGCCGGGUGGCUACCCUCUGGACACCCCUGCCGUGGCAGCCGCCAGGGCUGCCCACCUGACGGCCGUCGCCCAGACGAGGGCCCGCGACGCCGUGGUAAACGGCGCCGCCCUCGCCGCCGCCGCAUCAAUAAUUGCGCUCUUCCAGUAG